AUGGAGGGCUUUGAUACACCUGGGAUUUUUUUCUCUGACACUUUUGGUGAUGAUGACAACAAUUUAGCGUCUUCAUUGUUAACUGCUAGAACUAUAAAAAAAACAUUCAAAGAAUUUUUAAAAACUUACAAUGAAGAAAAUUUUAACUACAAGUAUAGAGACACCUUGAAGCGUAACUGUAAUUUGGGACAAUAUUGGCUAGUAAUAAAUAUCGAGGAUUUAGCUGGAUUUGAUGAAAAUCUUGCUGAUAAGUUAUACAAACAACCUGUGGAACAUUUACCAGCAUUUGAAGAUGCUGCUACAGAAUUAGCACAAGAGUUAAUUGCAAUGGAUAAUUCAGAAGAUAUUGAGCAUGUUCAAAUAUUAUUGGCUACAGAUUCAUUGGCUUCUUCUUUGCGUUCUAUUAAGUCUGAGUCUGUUUCUCAUUUGGUCAAAAUACCUGGUAUUAUAGUCUCAGCUUCAAGUAUUCGUGCUAAAGCUACACAGAUAACAUUACAAUGUCGAUCUUGUCGUAAUGUAUUACCACAUUUACCUGUUAAACCCGGUAUGGAUGGUUAUAUUUUACCAAGAAAAUGUACAACUGAACAAGCUGGUCGUCCACAAUGCCCUUUAGAUCCAUAUUUUAUUAUACCAGACAAAUGCAAAUGUGUUGAUUCUCAAAUUUUAAAAUUACAAGAAUUGAGUGAUUCUACACCUCAAGGUGAAAUGCCAAGGCAUGUACAAUUAUAUUGUGAUCGUUACCUAUGUGAACGUGUAGUUCCAGGAAAUCGUGUCAUGGUGGUUGGUGUUUAUUCUAUUAAAAAGGUAACUUGCAUUAGUUAUAUUACUAGUUGAUCAUAUUAUUUAUUUUAUAAUUUAUACUUAUGUUAAAAUACAUUAUUAGGUUAAAACUUCAAAGAAACAAAAACUUGCUGAAAAUUCUCGUACUGUAGUUGGAGUGCGUGCUCCAUAUUUAAGAGUCUUAGGAUUUCAAAUGGAUAAUCAAGUUGGAGGCUUCACUACUUCAAUACCUACGUCUCUUGAAGAUGAAGAAUUAUUUAGAAAAUUGGCAUCAUCUACUGAUAUUUAUGAGCGUAUUGCUAAGUCUAUAGCACCCUCUAUUUUUGGAUUCAGUGAUAUUAAAAAAGCAAUUGCUUGUCUUCUAUUUGGUGGAUCACGUAAAAAACUUCCAGAUGGUUUAACACGUCGUGGAGAUAUUAAUUUAUUGCUUUUGGGAGAUCCUGGUACAGCUAAAUCACAACUUCUGAAGUUUGUUCAACAAGUCUCUCCUAUUGGAGUGUACACAUCUGGAAAAGGUUCUUCAGCUGCUGGUCUUACAGCUUCUAUAAUUCGUGAUCCAGCAUCUCAUAAUUUUGUGGUAGAAGGUGGAGCAAUGGUAUUGGCUGAUAGUGGUGUUGUUUGUAUUGAUGAAUUUGACAAGAUGAGGGAAGGUGAUAGAGUAGCGAUUCACGAGGCUAUGGAACAACAAACUAUUUCAAUUGCUAAAGCUGGUAUUACAACUACUCUUAACAGUCGUUGUUCAGUAAUAGCUGCAGCAAAUUCAGUAUUUGGUCGGUGGGAUGAUAGUAAAGGGGAAGAUAAUAUUAAUUUCAUGCCCACAAUUUUGUCUAGGUAUGAUAUGGUGUAUGAUCAACAUAUUAGCAAUUAAAAAUUUAUUUUAAUUGUAAAUAUAUUUUUCAUUUUAGAUUUGACAUGAUAUUCAUUAUAAAAGAUGAACAUAAUCAAAUUCGUGAUAUGACACUGGCUAAGCACAUUAUGAAUGUACAUUUAAUGAAUGGUCAAGCCAAACAAGAAGUGGAAGGAGAAUUACCAUUAGCAACAAUAAAAAAAUUCUUAAAUUACUGUCGUCAACGUUGUGGUCCUCGUUUAUCUGAAAAAGCUGGUGAAACACUUAAAAGUCGUUAUGUUAUAAUGAGAACUGGGUGCCACGAAUUAGAAUCUGAGAAAAAACUUGCUAUUCCUAUCACUGUAAGACAAUUAGAAGCCAUUAUUCGUAUAGCUGAAUCUUUGGCUAAAAUGCAAUUACAGCCUUUUGCGACUGAAAAUCAUGUAGAUGAGGCAUUAAGAUUGUUUCAAGUGUCAACUUUAAGUGCAGCCACAUCAGGCUGUCUAUCGGGAGUUGAAGGAUUUUCAACUGAAGAAGACACAGAAACACUACAAAGAAUCGAAAAACAAUUAAAACGCCGAUUCCCAAUUGGAUCUCAAGUAUCUGAGUUCAGUAUUAUUCAAGAUUUUUUGAGACAAAAAUACCCACAAAGAGCCAUAGAUAAAGUUAUAUACUUAAUGAUCAGGAGAGGUGAAGUACAACAUAUUAUGCAACGUAAAAUGUUAAUUAGACUUAAAUAA